CACCCACCCGCCCCAAACACAAGCGGAGCGUGCAUCAUGAACGGAUUUCACGGCUGACAUUUUAUAAGGACAGAACACACUGACUAAGAGAUAAAUGUAUGACGAACGCUGGUAAAAAUAAUUUUGUUAAAAAUAUAAGACCGAAAUGUUGCCCGAACACCAAACCGGAAAGCGAAGGAGGACGAAGCCGUGAGAACGGAUCUGUCCUACGAGGCUUGAAACCAUCACGGCGCUCCACGGGAGGAGCGAGACGGGGAUAACGAGCUCCAAAAGAAGAAGAGGAGGGGGAAAAUGCUUAAAGUUUGGCCGUGUUGUUAUCUACAAGUGCGACUCAGCAGCAGCAUCAGAAAAUGAGCAGGAAUUAAACGAAGAAUGCAUGUCGUUUGGGAUAUAGCUGUGAUUUUGCAAACAUAUAUCAUCUGCACUUCAUCAGCUCAGCCUAUUACAUCCAAGCUUGAUGACAGUUGGUGGGCAUAUAAGGAUGUUGUCCAGGGGAGCUUUGUUCCAGUUCCAUCCUUCUGGGGUCUGGUGAACUCAGCCUGGAACCUGUGUGCCAUUGGGAAAAGGCAGUCUCCCAUCGACAUCGAAACCAGUCACAUGAUUUUUGACCCGUACCUGACCCCUCUCAGGCUCAAUACAGGAGGACAUAAGAUGGGAGGCACCAUGUACAACACUGGGAAGCAUGUGUCCCUGCGGCCAGACAAAGCCCACCUGGUGAACAUCUCUGGGGGCCCACUGGGAUACAGCUACCGUCUGGAAGAGGUCCGUGUCCACUUUGGGAGUGAAGACUCUCAAGGUUCAGAGCACCUUCUUAAUGGACAGGGCUUUCCUGGAGAGGUCCAGCUGAUCCAUUAUAAUCAAGAUCUGUAUGCCAACUACAGCGAGGCAGCUAAGAGCCCUCAUGGAAUUGCUGUGGUUUCCAUCUUCAUAAAGCUCUCUGAAAAUUCCAACGCCUUCCUCAACCGUAUGCUCAAUAGAGACACCAUCACCAGAAUUAACUACAAACACGAUGCCUUCUUAUUGAUGGGUCUGAACAUAGCUGACCUCUACCCCGACACCACACGUUAUAUCACCUACGAGGGCUCCAUCACCAUUCCUCCCUGCUAUGAGACAUCCACGUGGAUACUCAUCAACAAGCCAGUCUACGUGACACAGAUGCAGAUGCACUCCCUGCGCCUCCUCAGCCAGAAUGAGCCCUACAAGAUAUUCCUUAGUAUGAGCGACAACACCCGGCCCACCCAGCCUUUGCUUCAACGCUGCAUCCGUACCAAUAUCAACUUUAGCAAGCAGGGCCGUGACUGCCCCAACAACCGUGCCCUUCGUCCACAAUACAGAGUGAACCAGUGGCUCCUGAAAUAGAGGUGAAGCUGCAGUACCACAGCUGGAGAGGCAGGAAUCACUGGCACCCUUUUCCCACUGCCGAACCAAACUGAGAAGAACAAAUGGGACAUGCAGUCAAUAAAAAGCACAAAAGCUGCACAUCACUAAAGACAGCUUAAGCAAACUGAUAUUAGCUCAGCUCAAAUGACAAAGCUCUAACUGCUACGCUGGCCUCCUACUCAUCCACUGUCUAACAAUACUCAUCAGGGGCCUGCAACGAUGGUACAAAUCAAUACAAAGUGUGAAAUAGACCAUAAGGACUCUGAUGUCUACUGUGUACUGUCUGUUUAUUUGUUUUGUGACGUCACGACGAUUGAAGUUGCAAUGAUCCAAACAUUUUAUGGCUAAUUUAUAGAUGUGUGGAUGCAGCUAAAAAUGCCAGUUCCUGGGGUUUGGCUGUGAUAAUCACUUAUCAAAUCUGGUACAGAAAGCAAUUAUAAAAAAAACCCUCAUUGAUUCACCAGAGGAACUGUUGCAUUUCUAACAUGUCUGUGUAAGUUUUCAGUCAUCCAGGUCAUGGUAGUCUAAGGAGCUUGGUCUUGAAGACAUGUCACCUCUCAUCCAACAAGCUUCUUCAGUUCAUUUUACAUUCCCAAUGAUGAUCGAUACCCCUGCCAUUAAAGAAACUCUCAGCUUUGUUAUGAUGAGACAGAAUAACAUGCCUAUCCUGAUAUCAAAUAAUGAUUAAAGAUGAUCAUUUUGAAAAGAGAAUUCAGAACUUGUGAAAUGAGGUUACAUAGCUAAAGGGAGGUAGAAGCUGGAUCUCUGACAGUUUACAGACCUGAACAGAUGGAGCCACUGGAGAUUGGAAAGAGAUAGGUCACUCAAUUUGCAUGAUUUUGUUCACUCGUCUUCAUGGUAUUUAAUUAAAAAGCGGAGUCAGAGUUCAUCUCACAUCAAGUCCCUGCUUUUCACAGCGAUGUAUUAAGAGCUGACCUUCCUUCCAUUACUCCAAGAGCAAACAGACUGUUUUCACCAAAGUUUAUUCUGCAAAGAGUACCCUCUGCAAAUUAACCAUUUAGUAAUCCCUGCAUUAAAUAGAAGCUCUUCAAUCAGCCUAGCAACUGUAAUGAGAUAUGUCAGGCCUGUCUGGCUUUGGAUUUGUCCCCCACCCAAAAUGAUGUAGAAGGAGUGUGGGGGAGAAAACAAAACAAAACAACAAAAGGUUUUUCUUGUACAGUUGUAACUGAAGUAAAAGCACCACUUUGCAGUCAUUGUAAUUAGGAUUUGGGGAAAGAACAAAGUGAUUCGAGAAGUAUGCAGUUGUGGAUCUAAAGAAAACAUUUGGAAGGGUACCAAGAGAGGAACUCUGGCACUGCAUUAUGGAGUCAGGAGUGGCAAAGAAGUAUGUAAGUCUGGUACUGGACAGCAGGACAGUGGUAAGGUGUUGGGUAGGAGUCACAGAUUGGUGUGGCUGGAAUUACAUUAGGGAUCAGUUCUGAGUCUCUUCCAUUUCACAGUGGAGAUAGACAGACAGGUUGACAGAUGAGGUAAGGCCAGUCAAGUGUCCAUGAACUGUGACAUUUUCAGACUACCUGAUCUAUAGUGAGAGUAAGGAGCAGGUGGAAGGGAGUCUGGACAGGUGGAGGUAUGCUUUGGUGAGGAGAAGAGAAGUAAGAUGGAAUAUGUGUGUGAAGGAGAGGGAGACAGAUGGAAAGGUAAACAGCCAAGAAGCAGAGACAAGGAGGUUAGAUGUGCUUAAAUACCCAGGCUCAGCCAUCUAAAGCAAUGAGCAGUACACAAGAGAGGUGAAGAAGAGUAGAUGGAAACGAGCGUAUUGGGUGAUUUAUGAGCAGGGAUGGCUUACAUGAUGCUAGUGAGAUGUGCUAUGAUGUAUGGUUAGGAGACAGUCGCACUAGCUAAAAGACAGGAGGCCGAGCUGGAGGUGGUAGUGCUGAAGAUGUUAAGGUUUUCAUUUCGAGUGAGAAGAAUAAACAGGAUUAGAAAUGAGGACAUCAAAGGGAAAGCUCAGGUUGAGUUGUUUGGAAACAAAAUUAAAGAGACAAGGCUGAGAGGUUUGGACAUGUGCAGAGGAGGGACGGUGGGUAUAUUGCACAACAGAUGUUGAAUAUGGAGAUUCCAGGCAGGAGGGAUAGAGGGAGACCACAGAGUUGAUUCAUGGAUAUAGUAAAUGAGGACAUGCACACAGAUGGUGUGACAGAAGAGGAUGCUAGAGAUAGAGUGAGACGGAGGGAGAUGAUCUGCUGUGAUGACUCCUAAAGGGAGCAGCUAAAAGGAGAACAAAGAACAGCGUGAUGAUGUUGGAAAAACACUAAAUCAGUGUAGUAAAAACACUGAGAAGAGAUGAAUGGGUCAAAAAAUAUAUUAGUCUUGAACACGGGACAAAGCUGAUAGUCGGCGUUAACCGUGACACCAAAGGUUCAUUCUUGUUAUUCAAGUACCUAGCUUACUAAUGCUGCUGUAACAGUACAAAAAAUGCUAUUUCCUUAUUUUCUUCACCAAUAAUCAGGAUAGUGACUAUUUGACUUGAAUUUGUAAGCAUUGUAUCACUUUAACAGUAUGUGGGGAUUUUGAUAUUUAAGUUAAAAAGUCCCACAUUCACAUCAUUAAACGACUCAAUGUGGCAACUGUCAGUAUUCUGGUGCCAUUUCACUUAAGAUUUCCCGCAGUCUUUAUCAAAAUCUUAACUAAAAACAUGAAUGAUACUGUACAGAACCAGUCUGAAGAGUACUGAGUGAGUGAUGAUAAUUUUUUCUUAAAUAUACAGUAUUUUUUUUUUCCAAUCCAUGAAAAAAAUCUGUCACAUUUUAUGGCAUAAUUAUAUUUAACUGUCGUUACAUUUCCUGUCAUUCCCUUUUUUGCCAGGUCAGAUAUAUCAGAAAAAGACGAGUUUCCCAGCUAUAAUUAUCACAUUUGACAUUUAUUUUCAGACGAUGGCAGUUAUUGCAACUCCAAUAUUAUUUAAACACAGUAUUAGCUUUGACCUUUUUGCAAAUCAUUUUACAAAAUACCUUAAAUACAGAAAGUUGGUAAUGCUAAAUACUGGAUUUCAAAGGUUUUCAACCAGCAUGUUUUACGGUAAACAUAAGUUGAUGCUACCUACCUAAUAAAGUUGUUAGGCUGUAACCAUUACAGCCAACUAAUCUGCAUUUCUCAAAAUGAAAAGUAGUUAUUGUAAUUUGUUUAUGUGCCACGAGAGAAAUGAAAACAAACAUAACUGGGCGGUUGGGGUUAGUUGGAGAAGAAAGGGUCAAAUUUAUCCAGAGUAACACAGAGAGACACAACAAGAUUACAUUUCUCCACAUUCAGCAUUUCUGCCAGUGAAAUCAUGUUGUUGAUAAUUAUUAUCAAGUGUAAAUGACAUUACUGAUCUUGUUGUUAUUAAAGUGGGAAAGUGCGACCGUCUCCAAUAAUAUAUUCAAAAUGCAGACACUAAUGUCUGAAAUAUUCAAUUUUCUCUGUGGCAUUUUCUUAUAAACAAAUUUGUUUAAUUAUUAUUUUUUAUUUGAUUUGUGUUUUUACAUUUAAGCUUUUCAUAUGUUUCCAUCCUUCUCAAGAUGCAGAUAGCUGAUUCUUCAAGCACCACCUGUAGAUCAGUACAAUUGUGUGACAACACUGGCAGGACUGAAUAUCAUAUUGUAACAACAAUAUGAUAAAACUAGAACAAAGUCACUGAACAGCUGCUCUAUAAAUAAAACACCACAGAAUAAUAAGGUACCAACAACUGUUUAUAUUAAAGAUCUUCAUGGGUUCAAGGCCUGAUCAAAACCAUCAAAUCAAAAAGACUUUCUUAAUUUCAUUCAGGUUUAACAUGCAUUGAUGGUUGUAGAUCUUAAAAUUGUUGGAUAAAGAUUCCCAUCAUAGAGACAAUUUAUGUAAUGGUUUCCCAUCAUGGAUUGUCACUAACCGAACUGGUCAACUUGUGGGAUUGUUUUUUUAUUUUUACCUUUCAGUCUGCUGUGAUGUUGUAUCUCAUGAAAAAAAACUGACUCUUUAUGUUUGUUUAGUUUUAAUAUGUAACUGUAAUGAAAAAAAAAAAGAACUAUGAUGAGCUAUGGGAGCUAUGUGCUACAACCACUGGAAAAGGAAUUUACAAUUAUAAAAGCUAUAUUUCAUUUGAGGUAACUUGAAAUUAUACUCAUGUAUGUUGAAUGUAAAUAUGAGUUUUGUUUAAGAUGGAUUACAGUGGAGAUUAUUACCUUUUUGGACAAAAUAAAUGCUAUUGUUUUAUGUUUAAA